GACUGUGAGGAGCAUAGCACUUCCUGCACUUAAACAGAAUGAAGCUGAUCGCCGUGACCCUGCUCGUUGCCCUGGUGGCCGCCGCCCAAGCCGGACGGAUCACCGACCAGCUGGUCAAGCUUGUCCCAAGCUUUGCCACCGGAUUCGUGAUCAAUGGCACUGAGGCCGAGCCCCACUCCGCUCCCUACAUCGUGUCCCUGGCCACCAACUACGAGAAGCACUCGCACAUCUGCGGCGGCACCAUCAUCGCCCACGACUGGAUCCUGACUGCUGCCCACUGCAUCUCCAAGGCCGAGGGCAUGAGCGUCAUCGCCGGCCUGCACACCCGCGCCGAGGUGGACGAACUCACCCAGCACCGUCAGGUCGACUUUGGCCGCGUUCACGAGAAGUACACCGGUGGUGUGGGUCCCUACGACAUUGCAAUCCUGCACGUCAGCGAGCCCUUCGUCUUCAACGACAACGUCUCCCCCGCCACUCUGCCCAGCCGCGAUCAGGUCCAUGAGGGUGAGAGCCACCUGUACGGAUGGGGACAGCCCAAGUCGUACGUCUUCACCGCCGCCAAGACCCUCCAGACCAUGACCACCGACAUUGUCAACUACGUGGACUGCAAGGCUGCCCUUCCCGAGGACGCUCCCUUGGCCGACACCAACAUUUGCUCCUCCUCCCACCAGCAGAGCAAGUCUGCCUGCAACGGUGACUCUGGCGGUCCCCUGGUCGUUGAGUUCGAGGAUGCUGCUUCCGAGCUGAUCGGUAUCGUCUCCUGGGGCUACAUUCCCUGCGGACUGGCCCAGCUGCCCUCUGUCUACACCCGUGUGGCUUCCUACGUUGACUGGGUUGCCGACAUCCAGAGCGCCUACUACCGUCUCUACUAAGCUGGAGGAGUGGAUCUGUAGUGAUCUAGUGGCGGGUGGCCAUCACUUUGGAUCAUAGCUAUGAUCGAUUGUUGAAUAAAUGCAUCCGACUAUAAA